GGAGCGGGGCCGGACGCGACCGCGACCGCAACCGGGACGAGGCGGCGGCCCGCGGCCCCUUCUCCUAACACCACACGCCCCGCACGGCACGCCCCGGCGGGCCCUGAGGCGGGCCGCGGCCGCGCAGAUAUGGCGGGCUGGGCCCCGCUGGCGGAGUGCAGCUCUCGUCCUCCCGGUGCCAGCCCGGGCUCCUGCUCCCCUUCCUGGAACUAUGUCCGAGGGAGUGGAUCUGAUUGACAUCUACGCCGACGAGGAGUUCAACCAGGACUCUGAGUUCAGUAAUGCAGAUCAGAUGGAUCUGUACGACGACGUGUUAGCAGCCAGCUCCCAGCCCCCCGAGAGCCGCAGCAGCAGCUCGGAGCCGCCCCCGGAGAGUCGCCAGGAGCCGCCCCCCAAGCCCAACAGCAAAGCCCCCGCCAUCCUGUACACCUACAGCGGGCUGCGCAACAAGAGAGCGGCUGUCUACGUGGGCAGCUUCUCCUGGUGGACAACAGACCAGCAGCUGAUCCAGACCAUCCGCUCCAUCGGCGUCUACGACGUAGUGGAGCUGAAAUUCGCCGAGAACCGAGCCAAUGGCCAGUCCAAAGGGUACGCAGAGGUGGUGGUCGCCUCUGAGAACUCGGUUCACAAGCUCCUGGAGCUUCUACCUGGCAAAAUCCUCAACGGGGACAAGGUGGAGGUGAGGCUGGCAACCCGACAGAACCUGUCCCAGUUCGAGGCACAGGCUCGCAAACGUGUGCCGCCGAGGGCCCACUCCCGGGACUCCGUGGACUCCGUGGAUGGCCGUGCCACGCCGACAGAGAACGCUCUGCCCCCCGCCCGCCUGGAGAAACCCCCCUCGGUCCUGCCCUUCUUCAACCGCCCCCCGGCCGCCCUGCCCCUCAUGGGGCUGCCCCCGCCGCCCAUGCCCCCGCCGCCGCCCCUCUCCUCCAGCUUCGGCGUCCCCCCGCCGCCCCCCGGCAUCCACUACCAGCAUCUCAUGCCCCCGCCGCCCCGACUGCCCCCUCACCUGGCCGUGCCCCCGCCGGGGGCCGUGCCCCCAGCCCUGCACCUCAACCCCGCCUUCUUCCCCCCACCCAACGCCGCGCUGGGGCCUCCCCCGGACGCCUACGCCAAGGCCGUGGCUCCCUACAACCACAGCAGCAGCCGGGAGCUGGGCCCUCCAGCCGCCCCCGUGAGCGAAGGGGAGUUUGAGGAGAUCAUGAACCGCAACAGGGCCAUCUCCAGCAGCGCCAUCUCCAAGGCGGUGUCGGGCGCCAGCGCAGGCGAUUACAGCGACGCCAUCGAGACCCUGCUGACAGCCAUCGCCGUCAUCAAACAGUCGCGCGUGGCCAGCGACGAGCGGUGCCGCGUCCUCCUCUCCUCCCUCAAAGACUGUCUGCACGGCAUCGAGGCCAAGUCCUACAGCACCGGAGCCAGCAGCAGCUCCUCCAGGAAGAGGCACCGCUCCCGGGAGCGCUCCCCCAGCCGGGCCCGCGAGGGCAGCCGGCGGCACCGCGACGCGCCGCACGGCGACGACCGGCACGACGACUACUUCCAGGAGCGGAACCGGGAGCACGAGCGGCACCGGGACAGGGACAGAGACAGGGACCGGCACCACUGAGCCUGGGGUUUCGGCACUGAGUGGUUCUUAACGGACUCUGUCUCGAGGACGCGACCGAGGCCGCUCCGACCCCCCCUCCGCCCUUUCCCCGCCGCCCCCAGCUCCCUCUGGGUGACCCCCCUCACACACACACCUCGUGGCCUUGGGGCCUGAGCCCUUGCCGCUGCCCUGGGGGGGACAGGCGGGGGAGGCCGGGCCCGCCCCGCUCUGCUCCGUGGACCCAAAGACAAAUGGUGCUUUUUCUUCUUCUGGCCGUUGUUUUUCGCCCCCCCCCACACCCCGUGGAGGGAGGGGGAUGAGGCCUCUCCUCCUCCCCAGGGGUGGCUGGAGGGGAUGGAGCCCUCCUCGUGCAGCGCCUGGGGGCUGGAGGGGAGGCACACGGCUCCUGGCACCUGCCUGGGCUGGCUGGAGGUGGCACCGGGUCUUCUGCCACAGCUCAUCUGGGGACGCUGCUGUCCCCUCUCCACAGCCCCUCUGUGUCCCACCACACUCCUUUCCCUGCUCUGAAGGGGAAGCACAGCCCAUGGCCUCCACAGCCCAGCUCUGUCUCCGUGCCCUGGGCAGGGCUCCGGGGCUCGUCGCCGCCUCCACGCUCGGCCCCCCCAGCACCUUCCUUGUUUUAGAGGAAGCAGAGGGCAGUGGGGCCAGCUGCCACCCCCCACCCUGGGCCUGCAGCAACACUGGGGCAGUGGGAGGAGGAGGAGGAUGAAGGGGCCGCAUCAGGGGUCCCUCUGGCAGGAGAGGGGCAGCCCAGGAGGCUCGGGGUGAGGCUCAGGGUAACUCCCAGGGCGCAGUGGGCAGCUUUACCCUCUGAACUGUUGCUGGCCAGGAACAACCCAGCUCCGGGGGGGGGGCUUUUUUUUAGGUUGAAAUAACCCAUAAACGAGAAAAAGCCCACGUUGUAAAGCACCCUGAGGUGGCAGCAGAGCGGGUGAGUGCUGGGGGGAGGGAAGC